AUGGAUUUAGACUAUGCAUUAAGAGAGCCAGCUCCUCUAAAGCCUAAUGAUACAAGUUCUAAGGAACAUAUGGCUUUAUAUGAAAAAUGGGAAUGCUUUAAUCACUCAAGUUUAAUAAUUAUGAAAGGCUCAAUUACGCCUGCAAUUCAAGGAGCAAUCCCUGUUUCUGAAAGUGCAGUGAGCUAUAUGAAAUCUAUUGAAGAACAAUUCAUUGGAACUUCCAAAUCCCUUGCUAGUACUUUCAUGAUUAAAAUGAUGACAAUGAAAUAUGAUGGUUCGAGUGGUGUUCGUGAACAUAUCUUAAAGAUGAAUGACAUGGCCUCUCAAUUAAAGGGAAUGGACAUGGAAAUUUCUGAAGGUUUUCUUGUUCAUUUCAUUAUGACUUCUCUUCUUGCGCAAUUUGGUCCUUUUAAGAUCAAUUAUAAUACGCAAAAAGAUAAGUGGAAGAUGAGCGAGUUAAUUGCCAUGUGUGUUCAAGAAGAAGAGAGGCUUAAAGUUGAAAAGCUUGAUAUGGCUCACCUUACCACCUUGGGUCCAACCAAAAAGAUUUUCAAGAAAGGCAAAAAUUCCACUUAUGCACAAUCUCUUUUAUCCUUUAAUGUAAACGACUUGGUAAAUAAAAAGAGAAAGCGAGUGAAUGAAAAUUCAUCCAUGUUGUAG